UCGAACGGUACGGAUCGGUGUUAUCGUUAUCUUUUCGGGUGGUGGGCUUUCGUUCCGCGUUCCUCGGGCCUCGCCAGCUACCGUCUUCGCAGAGUCGCUGCUGCGCAUGCGAAACAAAUAGAAAAGCGGAAAAAGAGUGCGAAAAGAAGUGGAGCAAGAGCGAUAGCUCACAAGCAGCACCUUCGUUGUGACUAAAAAGAAAACAAACAAAUAUUAAGUGCAGGCCAAAUAAUUGCAGAGAUUUUAACCUCUUAUUUACCUUUGUGCGUUGCCAGCAGUAUUUUUCUUUGACCAAAUUUUCAACCGAUCGCGAUCGCUCAUUGCUUAUCGCUUGCGCAAUAGCGUUUAGCGGCCUGUUUACCUGGGCUUACCUUGCCCAAUUUUCCCGCCGUACCGCCCACAAAACGCCGACGCCGUGUAAUUUACAGCAACAUUAUCGAGAGAGUGUAGCCUUAUCACAGUGCCUUCAAGAAGGGAGCGUCCAUUAGCACAUUCCCUCGAAAUAAGGAAAAGGAAUGAAAAUAAAAUAAAACACUCCCCGCGAGGAUUAUUCAAAUAUUUGUGUGUGUGCGAUAAGAAGAUGACCACCCGGGUGGUCACCAGGUGCAAUGUGCAAUAGAAGAGCCACCAUUUGAGGCCGCCUCUUGGGCUUGAUCCGAUAACAAAAACGAAAGAAAAAGCAGAACCAGGAUUAGGAACCUUCAGUUCCACCAUGAGCAGCCUUCGACCUGGUAGUGUUAGCGACACCACUCCUCUCCAGAGAUUUGAAAGUCAGAGCAGCAGCAGCGAGGAGCCUUCUUCGCCGACGGCUGCCAGCAUUAUAGCCGCUGCCUCAGCCGCCUCAGUUACUACUGCCAAUCACAACAACAAUAAUGUCAAACUGGACUUGCAGCUGCCGACUUUUGUCGGAAGCUCUCUGGGUAACCAUGGAGGAGGAUCUAUGGGCGCCGCCAAUAGCAAGCUGCCGCUAAGAGGGCCACGUCAAAUCUUUGGGAGAAUUCUCAUGGAUCUUUGCCUGCUCAGCUGCGUGGGUCUACCUAUGCUAGGGUUUUCACUCUAUGGCGAACCCGUUAAAUUGGGUUUCUUUUGCAAUGAUUCUUCGUUGAGGCAUCCUUACAAGGACUCUACCAUGCGCAGCUGGAUGCUUUACUUGAUUUGCGGAGCCUUGCCAGCUUCUAUGAUGCUGUUGGUUGAGUUUUUUAGAGCCCAGGAUAGCCGCUUGCAUGGUCCUUUUCAAAAGCACAGGCUGGGCAGCGGCUAUCAUCUUUGCCACUUGGAGUUACCCUUUUGGCUGCUGGAAUGCUAUCGCAAGAUAGGCAUUUUUGUUUUUGGUUUGGGCGUUGAACAGCUCACCACAAAUAUAGCCAAGUAUGCUAUAGGAAGACUAAGGCCGCAUUUUUAUACGCUCUGUCAACCUGUUAUGCUGGAUGGCACUACCUGUAACGAUCCCAUAAACGCUGGACGUUAUAUCGAGGACUUUACCUGUGCGGCAAUGGAUAUAACUUCAAAGCGACUAAAGGAUAUGCGCCUGUCAUUUCCCAGUGGACAUGCCAGCUUUGCCUGCUACUCCAUGCUCUACAUGGCGAUUUACUUGCAACGCAGAAUGCAUUGGAAUCGCCUCCGUAUGCUGCGUCACCUGCUGCAGUUUUUGCUGCUAAUGUUCGCCUGGUAUACGGCACUCAGUCGAGUCUCGGACUACAAGCAUCAUUGGUCCGAUGUCCUGGCAGGAUCUGGAAUAGGUCUUACCUAUGCUGUAGUUGUAACCUGUUCAAUGUGGUAGAAACCUUAAUUUCCAUGGGGGUUGCAAACCCCUUGAAUACCCCCACCGCUACUGCUACUGCACUCCUGCUUUAAGAUGUCUUAACUUGUCUGCUUGAAUUUCAGUUUUAUUCUAGUUUGUAACUUUGACCAUGUCUGCAAAUAAGUAACUAUUUAUCUUAUGUGUAAAAGAUUUUACUUAAUAAAUUUUCAGUUUAAUGUGUUUUAACUUAA